AAUGCAUGACUCAUGUGAGAUAACAUAGAUAGUUCACUGUUUCUGUCUUCACACGUCUAGUAUGUUUACACGGAAAUAACCCCUACAGAGGAAUAAAAUCACUUAGAUCAGAACAAUGAAUGAACGCGAACUUGAUCUCACGGAGGCGCAAAAAGCAAUAAGAUCAAAAUACCCUCCAAUCACCAGGAAAUACGAGUAUCUUGAUCACACUGCAGAUGUCCAGAUUCAUUCGUGGGGCGAUUCUCUAGAAGAGGCUUUUGAGCAGUGUGCAAUGGGAAUGUUUGGCUACAUGACGGAUACAGAAACUGUGGAACCCAUUGACACUCUAGAGGUAGAAUCAGAAGGAGAAGAUAUGGAGUCACUUCUUUUCCAUUUUUUGGAUGACUGGCUCUUUAAAUUUAGUGCUGAUAUCUUCUUCGUCCCAAGGGAAGUCAAAGUGCUACACAUUGACCGAAUACGGUACAGAAUCCGCUCUAUAGGAUGGGGUGAAGAAUUCAACAUAAAUAAGCACCCACAGGGUACAGAAGUGAAAGCAAUUACCUACUCUGCUAUGCAAGUACAUGAUACAGAAAAGCCAGAGAUCUUCGUCAUCAUCGAUAUUUAAAUUCACAACUGAUUAAACACCUCUUUUUAACAGACAUGAUUUUAAAAGAUACUUCUAGUUGGAAUGGACAUGUGAGAGGUGUCAUUUCUGUAAACUGUGGAUGACAUGGCUGAAAUGCUAUAUAUUUUUGACUGAUUUUCAUGAUUAAUAAUGAUAUUAAAAAUACUUUCAUUUUGUGAUCUAGAAACACUCAAAA